AGACAGCGACGUCGAAAUGGCGCGAAAUUCUUCAGCUAUGAUGUCAAGUGCCUGGCUUUGCAUUUCAGUCGCUUUCCUUCUACUGCCUGAAAUAGAUGGUGGAGACCCGACUCCAUGCGGGAAAGUCAUCCUUCUGGACGCGGACCAACCCACUGCCCAAAUCACAGACGAGCGUUACCGUCUCGGAGGGACUGAAGACGAUGCCACAAACGAAUGCCUUUGGUAUUUCCGCGGUCCACCCGGUACGACCAUUCGACUGGACAUAGUGGCUUUGGAGCCCAUGACUGAACCCUUCAUUGUCUAUGACGGACUCGGGAUCGAAACUGAUAAUGACCAAGGCAUCCAACUCGGUGGACGUCAUGGGAACAGUUUCGUAUCAAGUGGUCGUGGACUCACGUGUAAACUACCCACAACAUUAGACGACAUCUACCAAGAGACUUCGGUGACCAUGCAAGCAACUCUACAAGGUACUAAACUGUGGGUCAUAUUGCUUACAAUGUGUUUAUAA